UGCCCGUCUGGUUAAUCAAGUUUGUGCAGUACAAAGUCGCCGGCAUUCACAUCCGCCGUUUGCUGAUCUUUCAGACUGCAGUCGCAAAAGUCUCUCGCGUUGAUAUGUCCCAUAUCUCAGCUCCGUUGCUGCUGCUGCUGCUGCUUCUACGGACUGCGCUCUGCAGUGGCGCAGCUUCAACCACGGCCCGCCACAAUGUGGUCAUGAUCAUCUUUGACGAUCUACGCCCAGCCUUGGGUGUCUAUGGCGAUAGUCUGGCUCGAACGCCGCAUCUGGAUGCCUUUGCCCAGGGCAGCAACGUCUUUAGUCACGCCUACAGUCAGCAAGCGCUGUGCGCGCCUAGCCGAAAUUCCCUGCUGACUGGCCGACGUCCAGAUACCCUGCACUUGUAUGACUUCUACAGCUACUGGCGCAGCUUUGUGGGCAACUUUACGACCUUGCCGCAGUACUUCAAGCAGCAUGGCUACUACACCUAUAGCUGUGGCAAGGUCUUCCAUCCGGGUCUGUCUUCCAACAACACUGAUGAUUAUCCCUUGAGCUGGUCUGCGCCAGCGUUUCAUCCGCGCACCGAGCAGUUCAUGAACUCGCCCGUCUGCCCCGAGCAUGGCGGCGGUGUGCUGCGCAAGAACUAUCUCAUUUGUCCGGUGGAGCUGCAGACGCAGCCGUACAAAACGCUGCCGGACAUUGAAUCCGUAACGGAGGCGCUGCGUUUCAUCGAGGCCCGCAAGCGCAGUCGCCAGCCCUACUUUCUGGCUCUGGGCAUCCACAAGCCGCACAUCAACUUUCGUUUUCCCAUGCAGUUUCUGGAGCGAUUUCCCCUCACGCAUUUCUACAACUACACGGAGGAUGCGUUGAAGCCGCCGGACAUGCCAGAUGUGGCCUGGAAUCCCUACACGGAUAUUCGCUCUCGAGAUGACUUUAAGCAUAGGAACAUAUCGUUUCCCUACGGACCCAUUUCCAGGCAGCAGGCGGCGCAGAUCCGCCAGGCCUACUACGCCUCGGUGGCCUAUGUGGACGAUCUGUUUGGCAAGCUGCUGGCGCGCCUCGACCUGGAGCGCACAGUCGUUGUUGUGCUCGGCGAUCACGGCUGGUCGCUGGGCGAGCACGCCGAGUGGGCCAAGUACAGCAACUUCGAGGUAGCCUUGCGUGUGCCCCUCAUCAUACGCAGUCCAGAGUUCCCCCUGAGACAGGCUCGACAGCUGCACAGCAUCACAGAGCUGCUGGAUGUGUUUCCUACGCUGGUCGACUUGGCGCAUCUGCCUCCACUUGCCGUCUGCAACGGCAGCGGCCUGGAGCAGCUGAGCUGCUCCCAAGGCAAGAGCUUGUAUCCGUUGCUUCAAGGCUUGGACCUGGGCGAGGACUACGUGGCCAUCAGCCAAUAUCCGCGUCCCGGCAUGCUGCCCACCAAACAUCCCAACAGCGACAAGCCCAAGCUGCGAAAUAUCAAGAUCAUGGGCUAUAGCCUGCGCACGAAUCACUUUCGCUAUACGCUCUGGGUGCGCUUUCAUGCGCAUAACUUCAGUCGAGAUUGGCACAAUAUCUACGGCGAGGAGCUGUACGAUCAUCGCCUGGACUCCGGCGAGGAGUUCAACUUGGCGGCGCUGCCGGAAUUCAAUUCAAUACGCCAACAUUUGCGUUGGCGUCUGAUCGAAGCCGUGGGCUAGCUGAGUAGCUGACUAUGAUUAACUGAAAGAACUCUUCCGAACUGAGCAAGAAACAUUGCAUUAAAUAA